AUGCUGUUUAAACCCCUCGCCAUCGCGGCCGCUGGCCUUUUGGCCGCUCCUGCCGUGAACGCAUUCCUCCUGCCCCCCGAGCUGACCGAGGCCGACCUCCGCAUCGUCGAUCCCCGUCCUUUGGAUGCGGCGGCGUCUGUCCCCAGCAUUCAGGAAAAGCAUGUCGUCAAGCUUGAAUGCCCGGGGUGUCCUCUCGUAUUGGGUCCGCACGUCACGGCCGAGAGCAAGCCGAACCACCUCGAGCUAUCCUUCACCGUCGACCACCAGCCCACGCACGACCGCCUUCUCCUAAACGGCUUCGAGCUGUAUCCCGUGGCAGACCCCAUGCACAACAUCCUCGCCGCACCCCAGGUCCUUGACCGGAGGAACAACAAGAAGGCGCGCAAGGAUGCCAAGAAGAACAAGGAGGAGGCCCUCGCCAGCCAUCACAAGUUCCGGCGCCCCAACCCGAAGCUCAUUCGGCCGGCGCUGCCCCUUGGCUUCGGCCUCGAGGUCCAUGCUCCCAUCAAGGACACGGCCACCGGGCUCGAGCUCAUCGCCAUCGACCUGGACAUCAUCGAGAUCGGCACCGUCUUCAUGGACGGCAUCCCCAGCGUCCACGUCAAGCUCAUCAAGCAGGCCGACGGCCGGCUCCUGGUCCACAGCAUCGAGAAGAGCGACCCCGUGACGUCGCUGAGCUCGGCGCCCUCCGAGUGCGUCACCGUGCUGUGCAGGUGGAUGGCUGCCGUCCACGACAAGAUCCAGGGCAUGAAGGCGUCCAAGCCCAGGCCCUGCCACGGCAACAAGGCUGGAGCCGCCGCCGCCGUCAUGCCCGUGCCUGAGGCUGUUGCGCCCGCCGAGCCCGCCGAGCCCGCGCCAGACUUCGAGGCCAUGCCGAUCCCGCACCAUCGCAAGCACAGCUGGGGCCAGUUGUUUAAGAGCAUUGCCUCGCACAUCCUGCUGCCCGUUCUCAUUGGCAUCGUCGCUGGCGUGAGCGUGAGCCUCGUUGGCAUGGUUGUUGGCACAUUGAUCGUGUCUCUGUGGCGCAGAUUCUUCCGCCGCCCGUCGAGCAGCAGCAGCAGCGGCCACCGCCGGCACCAUUCUCACCACAGCCACCACCGCGCCUCCCUCAAGGAAGCCGUCAUUGCCGAGGAGAAGGCUGGCCUGAUGGAGUACCAGGAGAAGCCCUCUCCGUACCAGGACGAGGUUGACCCGAUUAAGACGGUUGUCUAA